AUUAUUUGCCACUAAAAAUAAACCUGAAAAUCCAAGUAGGAAACAAAAUCCACCAUAUUCCUCCACGUGUAACAACCAUGACCAUGAAUCACUCACCUUAACCUUCCACCCUUUCUUCUUUCUUUCUUUCUUUCUUUCUUUCUUCUCAGUUCUUAUUUUCUGGUCAAUUUCACAACAAAUUAAGACACAUGGCAGCAGCCAUCUCUGUACUGUUACCUAAAUCAACCACCUUGAUAGAUCUUCUCAAACAACCCACUUCCAACUUCCUUAGUGGCUGUCCCUUACAAACUUUUUCCUUAAAUUUCAAACCACCAUCUAGUACAUGUAAAUCUCCUAGUUUAGUGGUUUCUGCUUCUUCUGCCGGAAAAACCUCAACCACCACUUCCGCCGGCGGCAGCACACUUUAUUUCAAUUUCACUGGCUUCCCUUUUCCUCUUGGCCCUUUUCUCAAUAGGCCCACUAUCAGGACUGAGGCUGUGAAAGACUGCAUAUGGCUGUUUGAGCAAGAACAGGCUUUGGGAUUCAGCAGUGUCUCUACAAACAUCAGAAUGACUGUCAUCAAGCUCAAAUCAGGAGGAUUGUGGGUCCAUGCACCAAUUGCACCAACCAAAGAAUGCAUUCAGCUUGUGAAGGAAUUAGGAGCCCCAGUAGAGUACAUUGUCCUGCCUACAUUUGCUUAUGAGCAUAAAAUAUUUGUUGGUCCAUUUUCAAGAAAGUUCCCACAAGCUCAAAUAUAUGUGGCACCAAGACAAUGGAGCUGGCCUUUGAAUUUACCACUCGAAUUUUUCGGUAUUUUUCGGGCCAAAACUUUGGAACACGAGGACCUUUCGACUCCAUGGGCAGCGGAAAUUGAACAGAAGGUUCUGAGCUCUCCUGAAGUUGGAAUCGGACCAUAUGUGGAGGUGGCAUUUUAUCAUAAGCGUUCGAAAACUCUACUAGUAACCGAUGCCGUAAUAUUUGUACCGAAUCAGCCUCCAGAGUGUAUAAGCAAUGAAUCAUUGCUGGCAUCGGCUAAAAACGGGUUGGCUGUAAAAAUUCUUAGCAAAGGCAAGGAAGUCCCUCAAGAACCGGUUGUUGAUAACAAGAUAAAUAGACAAAAAGGAUGGGAAAGAAUGGUCCUUCAAAUCUUGUUUCUUGGUCCGUCAAAUCUUUUGGAACCCAAAGCUAGUUUCUCUCAAAUGUCACAGAAGUUGAUCGUUUCGCCCAUUGUCAAGACGUUAGUCUUCAGCAAAGUUCCAGAAAAGGUGAGGGAUUGGAUUGACAGCAUUGCAAGAGACUGGAGAUUCACGAGAAUCAUACCAGCACACUUUGCUGCACCUGUAAACGCCAACAGGUCGGAUUUUAUAGCAGCUUUCGCGUUUCUUGAUGAUCUUUUAGGGGAGCGUUACGUUACUCGACCUUCACUUCAACUUCUUUUCACAUCCAUAAUGGGGAAAGCUGCAAGUUAUUUCCCUCCAGAUGACAUGAAAACUUUAUCAUCACUUGACCAGUUUCUAGUCUCUGUUGGAGCGGUUAAGAAGACGGUCUCAGGUCGAAAACAACCAUAAAAUUAUGAUAGAAAAAGAGAAUUAUAAGAAAGAUGGUGAUAUUAUGCAAAUUGUAGUUAGUACUUAUAUGAUAUGGUAUACACAAACUUCCCUUGGCACAUGUUUUUCCCUUUAUUCAUAAUGCAAAGGAAGCAGCAUUUUGCCAUUGCACAUAUGUCAAAAAAUAUGUCUUGACCCUUGAAAGGUUACAAUGAAAGGCACAUUGUGACUCAUUGCAAUAGUUGUGAGAACAUUCAACAUA